CAGGCCGUCACGUCACGCGAGAAAGUAGAGAAGCCGAGCGAGAAAAAAAAAACAUCAACAAGCAGAAGAAGAAGCAGAGUAACCAUGAGAGUAACCUGCAGAUAAACCUCCGUGACAGUGCGCAGACAUGUCCAGCACGUCGUUACCAGUCCUACAGGAUCGCAUGGACUCGUAAAGGCUAUGAGUUCCUCUGAGCAUGGAGCAGUUUCAGAUGAAGCGAUGCUUGAGAAAGAGCACAAGCAUGCCCAGGACUUUAAAGAGGAAACGGAUGACUUUGCUAUAUGCGAGCCAUCUGAAGGACAUGGAGGGGGAUUUCCUGAAGCUGGUAAACGCUCCUCUGCAGAGAUGGGCUCAAACACGACCCAGUCCACCGGCAGUAAGAGAAUCAGAGUCUCUUGCGAGAUGAGGCGGCACUUGAUGGAGGAGAGCAGCAGACUUGAGCCUCUUUGCCUCACCACAACUGGAGAGAAGAGGGAACGGGCCCCGCAGAAAUCCAGAGUCUCCUACAGGAAACCUCUCUUCAGCAUCUCUCAUAGGAUAUCUGAGAAGAGGAACACACCGAGCCUGGAGCAGCAUGCCAGCCACGGUGCCGGGAAUCCCAUAAACUACAGCACCAUCUUCUCAUCCAAGCUCCAAAGUUCGGAGGAAAACGGCCCAUUAGAGACCUUUGGCACCACAGAAUCUUUGAGCCAAGCGUCCUCCACAAACUCGAGCCUUUAUCCACUUAUUGAGAAAAUGUUUCUCAUUCUCAACACCCUCAAUUCAAGCAUGACACAACUGCAUAGCAAAGUGGAUUUGCUAACGCUGGAGGUCAUGCGAAUAAAGAAGCAGAUCAAGCCCGCUGAGAUGGUCACAGAGUUCCAGCCUCCGCCUGAAUAUCUGCUAACGAGUGAAGAAUUGAAUCAGCUGAUGGAGCAGACGUCCGGCGCCGGGGAGCUUGGAUGUAGGCUGCUCGCGCAUCUCUUCCCGGAGCUCUUCAAAGCGAGAGAGUGCUCUCAUGAGUGCAUGGCAAGCAAGAGGACACUGGAGUCUCUACAUCUGCAGCUGAUCCGUAACUAUGUAGAGGUGUGCUACCCUUCAGUCAAGAACAACAGUGUGUGGCAGGAAGAAUGCCUCCUUCAGAUUAAUGACUUGUUUAAUCGUUUCUGGGCUCAGAGGGACAUGGAGGGCGCUCGGCUGCUCAGGAAGCAGACAAUCACAGGUGCUGGGAUAAAGACAGAGCAUCCUCAAACCUACCGUUUCAUUAACGAGCAGGGCCGGGAGGAGCCUCUCUCUUUAGACAACCAGCAGAGCAGCCUGGCCGUGUCAGACCUCGCCUUUGAUACACAAGCCACAGAGGAGCUGGACGAGUUCUCCUCCCCCGAGGACUUUGUUAUUUUUCUUAUGCACCGUCUCUUCCCUGAGGUUUUUGAAGAGGGGAAAUUGCCAGAAGGCUUCGGCAAUUUUAGCAGCGUGGGGCAGCUCAUUCUGGACUCUGACAAGAUGGAGAUAAUAAGAAAGUAUAUGGAAGCAAAUUUUCCUGACGUGCCCGAGGACAGCUGGCUUCAGGUGUGCAUUCAGCAUAUGGAGGAUGCACUGGAGGGUCCUCACAGUAAUGGCAAUGGAAGCGAGCCUGACAAUAUCAAUGAAGAAAGCUAUGACCUGGCCAGCCUUCCUGAAGACGUCUCCAUCAUAAAGGUCCCAGAGGUGGGGGACUAUGAAAGGCCCGGUCGCAAGUCCAAAAAGUCCCUGCUCACAUCGGUGGAUUUUGACAAUCUUGAGAUCCCUCUUCCGGACUUCACUGUUUCCCCGGAGUACCUCUUAUCCAGGGAGCAGAUGAAGAGCAACUAUGAUUGUAGCUUGUCCAUUGGAAACUUUGCCUCCCGUCUGCUGGUGCUCAUGUUCCCCGAGCUCUUCACCCACGAGAACGCGCGGAAGCAGUACAACUGCAGUGGCUCUCUUGGAAAAAAACAGCUCGACCCCGUCCGGGUCAACCUGAUCCGUCAUUACGUGCAGUUAGUCUAUCCUCGGGCAAAGAACGACAGGGUGUGGAUGCUGGAAUUUGUGGGCAAACUGGACGAGAGGUGCAGGAGGCGGGACACGGAGCAGAGGAGGUCCUAUCUGCAGCAGCGUAAAGUGUACGGUCAGGAGCCGGAACAAGACUUUCUCUGCCAGAUGAACCAGUUUAAUCCAGACAGCAUGAGGGAGGAUCAUGAAAUACCCACUUUACCCCCAGAAAAAAGUAGCAAAGACUUCUGUAAAAUCCCCCUGGAUGAGCUGACUGUGUCCACACCUGACUUCCCCGUGCCUCUCGUCUACCUGCUCUCAGAUGCCGAGGUGCGGGAAAUCGUCCAGCAGAGCCUUUCUGUUGGGAACUUUGCCGCCCGCCUGUUGGUGCGCCUCUUCCCCGAGCUCUUCACACCGGAGAACCUGCGGCUGCAGUACAACCACUCGGGAGCCUGCAACAAGAAGCAGCUGGACCCGGUGCGCCUGAGGUUGAUCCGUCACUAUGUGGAGGCGGUGUAUCCUGUGGAUAAGAUGGAGGAGGUGUGGCACUAUGAGUGUGUCCCAAGUAUCGACGAACGCUGCCGGCGUCCCAAUCGCAAGAAGUGUGACAUUCUUAAGAAGGCCAAGAGGUCGAGCACUGUGUCCUAGUUACUGUUCAGUUCAGUUAGGUUACACUUUUUUUGUCAUGAAAUAAUUGCACAGUAAAUAAGCUGAAAUCGCAUUAUUGAACUUUUACAACUGUCCAGCCACGCUGUUAUGAGUUUCCAUUCUUAGUGAUGUUUUACUUUCUGACUACCACAGUAGAUCGUAGUCUAUGUAGUCUCAUUGUCAACUGCUUCUAUUUAUAAGCCAAAACUAGCUUAUCUAACAUACUUUGUUGAUCAAUGUCGUAGCCUUAAAAACAAUAACAAUGAUAGUAGCUUGUAGCAUAGAUCACACACUUGCUCUUUGGAUAGAAAUGAAUCACAAUGAUGAUGUGAUAUGUUUCCUUUGCAGUUACUGAUGUAGCAUUGUGCCACCACUGUUUUAAUAACAAUGUGCUUAUGUUAAGCCUUCUUAUAGAACUUUAUAUUAUAAAGACAAUUUAACAUGACAAUGGAUCAUGAUAGCCUAUUUCUAAUAAAAUCACAAAUAUUAAUGUGGUAUAAGAUCAAA